CGUCACUUGGGACUUUUAUUUUGACAGCUUUAAAAACAGGAAGUGCCUGAAUGUGCGUGACUGUCAAACUGUAGGACAUGGGGGUUAAAAUAGAGGUUUUUAGGAUGAUGGUCUACCUCUCAUUUCCAGUGGCAAUGUUUUGGAUAUCGAACCAAGCCGAGUAUUUUGAAGAAUAUAUCGUAAAGAGAAAGAGGGAGAUCUUCCCCCCUGAUGAGAAAAUGCAUAGGCAGGAGCUGGAGGAUUUUAAGGAGCGCAUGAGAAACAGAAGGGAGCAGAAGAUUCUGAAACAGAUGGUCAUGGAGUUGAAGGAUUGACAAUAAAAUUUUAUUUUUGUCAUAAUGCGAUCGGGAUCGGGAUGUGUAACUUGGAAACACAGCAGAGCUUAUGUUUCCCAGAGCAUCAACCCAUAUAUUUAAGAAUAAAGUGACAAGAUUGUUUUGGACAUAAUUUGUUUGAAGGAACAGAUUUUGGAAAUGUGUAUUUUUGUAAAUAUAAGUGUUCACUGUCUUUAAACAGUCACGCAUGGGUUUGACUUUGUGAAUGACUAUCAGAACAAUGCUUUAUUGAUUUUGUUUUUUCACCUUCAAAAUGAUUUAAAGUGAAUUUCUUUUUUAACCUCGUUUACAAUGUUCCAUAAAGUUUCUUAACUGCAAAUUAAAAUGUUAGCUCACUGAAAUAAACCGAGGUGGGGGACUCGAGUAACAUGCCAAUUUCGGGACUUGUGACUUGCUUGAUUUAAUGCAGAAAAUGAUUUGACUUUGACUUGAGGACGAAUGACUCAAGACUCGACUUGGACUUGAAGUGGAUGACUCGCCAAUUACUUUUUUCAUGAUAUGUGCUUUUACAAGUAAUAAAAUGCUAUUUAAAACA